CUAACCUACACAACAACAAUAUAAUUGGUUAAAAUGUUGAACUUCAAGCAUUUCUGUCGCGUAUAUCGCAGAAAUAUAACACAAACAUGUGUACGAUUAUAUAGUAGAAAUAUAUUGAAACUGAAAGAUCGAGGAAUGUAUCAAGAUAUAUUUCCAAAUACUGCAGCAUCAGACAUAUUAAACCUGUUGAAUAAAUCCCCACAGUGUGUUUAUGCUGGGUUUGACCCCACAGCAGACAGUCUUCAUGUUGGAAAUCUUCUAGUCAUUAUUAACUUAUUACACUGGCAGAGAGGUGGCCAUGAUGUUAUUGCAUUGCUUGGUGGUGCAACAGGACAUAUUGGUGAUCCAAGUGGAAAAAGUACAGAUCGUAUAGCAUUAUCAAGUAAUGUAAUAGCUGAAAAUAUUGCAUGCAUAAAAAGUAACCUGGAAACAGUAUUUGAAAACCACAAGAAAUAUAUAUGGUCAGAAGAUGAAAGCAAAUUAAAACCUCUAAGGAUCGUAAAUAAUGAAACUUGGUACAAAGAGAUCAAUUCAAUACAGUUUGUAAGUGAUAUUGGUCGUAACUUUAGAAUGGGAACAAUGUUGUUAAAACAAAGUGUUAAGAACAGAAUUAAUUCUGAAGUAGGAAUGAGUUUCACUGAAUUUGCAUAUCAAAUAUUUCAGUCCUAUGAUUGGUUAUAUUUAGUAAAAGAAUAUAACUGUAGAUUUCAGGUUGGUGGAAGUGAUCAAAUGGGUAAUAUCUCAGCUGGGCAUGAGCUAAUUAGUAGAAUGAUGAAGCAAGAUGUUUAUGGUUUGACACUGCCAUUAGUUACAACAGAGGAGGGUGAUAAGUUUGGCAAAUCAGCAGGAAAUGCUUUGUGGUUAGAUGGGAAAAAAACUAGUCCAUAUAGUUUGUACCAAUAUUUCAUCAGGACUAAGGACUCAGAUGUGGAAAGGUUACUGAAGCUCUUCACUUUCUAUAGUUUGGGCGAGAUCAAAGAUAUUAUGUUUAAACAUAAACAUCACCCAGAGCAAAGAUAUCCACAGACAUGCUUAGCUGAGCAACUUACUACUUUGGUGCAUGGAGAGGAAGGACUUGCACGAGCGCGACAAGCUACUGAUGCAAUAUACAGUAAAGAUGUAAAAUCUCUAGUGUCACUAAGCGCAUCGGAUUUAGAACAAGUGUUUGAUAGUGCGCCUGUUACUAAACUACUCUUGUCUCCCGGCAUCACUGUACUUAAAUUAGGAAUGAUGGCAAACUGUUUCCCUACAGAAGGUGAUGCUAUGAGAAUAAUUCAAGCAGGUGGUUUCUACAUAAAUCAUCAAAGAAUCAAAAACUUUAAUGAAGUUAUCACAGAAUCUGCACACAUUUUACCAAACCUAAUAUCAUUACUCCGAGUUGGGAAAAGAAAUUAUUACAUAGUGAAGUGGCAGACAUGAUGUGAAUGUAUGUAUUUAAAAAUGAAAUAAAAAAAACAUGUUUAUCGGAAUAUAAUCGUUAUAAUUACUUACAACAGAAGCUUGUAUACUUGCAGUAUAUAAUAAAAUGCGUAUCACAUAAACGUCGUAAAUACUACAUAACAUAGUUUUAGCCUAGAGUUAUAGUCACUGUAAUAGCGUUGCUAAAAUAAUUAACUAAUGCACUGUCAAGUCAUAAAAUAUCAUAAAAAUAUGGCUACACAUAAUACAACUCGUUACGAUUUGUGCAUUGUCCCUCCACGGACUA